AUGCCGGGCAGCGGGCGGAAAAGCGGCAGGCGUUCGCUAUGGCGCUUUCUCUUCCCGCGCCGCGUCCGUCAGGAACGAGUGGUAUUGGCUCGUAGCGAGAGCCUUCCGAGCGAGCAGGUGCUGAAGAUCACCGUCACCGAGACCGCUGUGAUCAAGGCCGGCUCAGGGGUCUUGAACCGUCGCUCCCUCGCCUACUUGACCCUCUGGUACUUCUUCAGCUUCUGCACUCUCUUCCUCAACAAGUACAUCCUGUCGCUACUGGAGGGACAGCCGAGCAUGCUGGGUGCUGUUCAAAUGCUCUCCACCACCGUCAUUGGCUUCCUUAAGAUGUUGGUGCCCUGUUGCCUAUACCAGCACAAGUCCAGGAACGAGUAUCCCCCCAACUUCAUCAUGAUCAUGCUGUUUGUCGGACUGAUGAGGUUCACCACAGUGGUAUUAGGCUUGGUUAGCUUGAAGAAUGUGGCGGUGUCUUUUGCUGAGACGGUGAAGAGUUCGGCUCCUAUUUUUACCGUCAUUAUGUCAAGACUUAUUCUUGGAGAGUACACAGGCUUGUGGGUGAACCUCUCUCUGUUCCCCGUCAUGGCGGGUCUUGCACUCUGCACGGCCACGGAGCUCAGCUUCAACUUGCUGGGCUUUUCUGCCGCUCUCUCCACCAACAUCAUGGACUGUUUGCAGAAUGUCUUCUCCAAGAAACUACUGAGUGGUGACACUUACAAAUUCAGCCCUCCAGAACUGCAAUUUUAUACCAGUGCAGCUGCAAUCAUCAUGCUCAUCCCAGCCUGGAUUUUCCUCUUGGAAACUCCAGCAGCUGAGAAAAGCGGACAUACCUUCACCUUCAGUCAGGACAUCAUCAUGUUACUAGUCUUCAACGGCGGCCUGUUCCACCUGCAGAGUGUCACCGCCUACGCUCUGAUGGGACGCAUUUCUCCGGUUACUUUUAGCGUGGCAAGCACGGUGAAACACGCCCUAUCUGUAUGGUUGAGCGUCAUCGUGUUCAGCAAUCAGAUCACAAUGCUCAGCGCCACCGGCACCGUCCUGGUCUUCUUGGGGGUUUUCUUGUAUAACAAAGCCAGGCAGGCUCAGCGGCAGCGCUUGCAAGCCAUGGCUGCACAGCAGAACCACAAACUCCAAUCUGAAAAACAGGAAGUCCAACAAGGCCCGCAGUCUCACUAA